GUCUAAUGGCUAUGAAAUCGCUAUAGCUGCUUUGUUUGUGAUCAUAGGAGCUUGGCUCUGUCGACAAUUGGGAAACAUGUCAAAGCGCCCAAAGGAUAUUGAGGCUUUUGAAAGGAAGAUUAGGCCAAUCUACGAUGCGCUCGACUCCCGCAACUGGAAGGGAGCGCUUAAGCUGUGUCAGCAGGCGCUGCAAAAGUACCCUAACAAUGAGCUGGUUAUGGUGCUCAAAGCGAUCGGCCUGGACCGGAGCGGGAAACGGGAUGAGGCGAACCAGGUAGUCGAUGAGGUGGUUGCAGCAACUCCCAUUGACGAGCAAGUGCUGCGUCUGGCCUCCAUGGUGCUCCGCGGGUCGGGGCGGCUGUCCGACAUCACCCGCAUGUACGAAGCUGCGGCGGCAGCGGCGGCAGCAAGCGGCGGCAGCGGCUCAGCCCAGCAGGCGCUGGUGCUGCUGCAUGAGGUCUUUGGGGCGCAUGUCAGGGAGUCGAACUUUGUGAAGCAGCAGCAGGUGGCCCUGCGCCUCAGCAAGGCUGCCGCGGGGGCGCUGGCAGCAGUGGGCGCAGCGGGUGUCAGUGGGGAGCGCUACGGCUGGUGGGUGGUGAUGAGCCUGGUGCUGCAGGCGCGGGCGGCGCUGCGGGCGCGGGCGAGGGGCGUGCCAGCCCCCGCGGGUCAGGUGCCGGCGGUUGCCAUGGAGCCGGAGAAGCUGCUGGCGCUCGCAGAGGGCAUGGUGGCGCGACAGGCCGCCAAGGACGGGCGCAUGGAGGGCUACGAGGCGCUCAUGGUGUACGUGGACGUGCUCCUAGCUCAGGGCAAGGUCGCGGAGGCUCUCUCCCUGGUGUCCGGCCCGCUGGGCGCCUCCGCACUGCGCCUGCCCGCCGAGCGGCUGCAGCUGCGGGGCGUGCUAGCAGCGCUAGCAGGGCAGCUGGGAGGGGCGGCGGAGGCGCUGCGAGAGGCGCUGGGGAUGCAGUCGGAUGACUGGGGGGCGCUGCUGCUGCUUCUGGACUGCUUGCUGCCGGGAACAGCCGCUGCGGGAGGGGAACAAAAGGGGGGUGUCAACUGCGGCGGGGCGGGUCAGAAUGCGGACGUUGCGCUGUUCCUGCCUCGCCACCCGCUUAUCCUGAUUAGCGGAGGUCUGGCGGAGCAGCUGCCGCCCCGAGGGGUGGAGGUGCCGGCGGAUGGCGGCGCUACGGAGGAGGCCUUCCUUCGGGCCGAGGCGGUGAUCAAGGAGCUGGCAGCACUUGGAGCGGAGCAGUCCGCUGCCGGCAGCAACGGUAACGGCAACGGCAACGGCAACGGCCAGCCGGGUAACGACAAGCCCAUGAUCAUGCGCGGCCCGGACCUUGCGAUGGUUGAGCUAGCCAUGCGCCGCCACCGUGCCGUACUGUGCCGUACCACCCCACCGCCCUCUCCUGACGUCAUCACCGACACUGAGGCCGCCGUCGUGGAUGCCGUACUGUCGUACUUUCGCAAGUACGGCAGCCUCGUCAGCUGUGCCGUAGACCUCCGGACCUACGUGUCGCAGCUCAGUGACGCUGCGGCGGAGCGGUUGGUGGCAGCAUUACAGGUGGAGGUAGAGGAGGCCGCUGCUGGCGCCGCCGCCUCUGGAGGCGAUAACAGCGCUAACGGCAGCAGUGGCGGCAACAAGUCGGCUGCUCUAGCGGUUCUGCGGAGGCGCGUUUGCGUCGCGCAGAUCCGAGACGACUGCGGGCUGCCGCGGCUGGACAGUACGACAGCCGGGGUGCAGCUAAGCCGUGAGUUCUUAGAACUUUACUGCACCGCAAGGCCGCUGCAGGAGGGCUUGGACGAGCGCGAGCGUGGCGCCGCCGACGAGCUGCCUGUCCUCGCCGCCGCCGCCCUCGUCACCUCCGCCACCCUAGCGGCACCCUCCGACGCCGCCGCUGCCGUACCGUACCUUCUGGCGGCGUACGGCGCCCUUUCCGACGCUGUACGACACCGUCCGUACGGCGCCGGCAUGCGCAUCAGCGCAGCGGCGCUGGCAACGCUGCUGGCGGCACCGGCCGCCGCCGCCGGCCACCUCUACAAACUGGACAUAAAGCACAUCCAGCUCGAUUCCUUGGGCGGGCACUUGCUGCUGCCGCCGCUGCUGGCAUGGCCCGUCGGCGGUAGCGAUGCUGCCUCUGUUGCGAGCGGCCAGUCUUCCGCUUCCUCCUCCGCCCAGGUGUCCCUGCAUCGCGCGCUGCGGGACACACGUGCGCUGUUCGAGGACCAUGCGAGGGACGCGGGGGAGACGCUGUUCACCGCCUACAACCACGGCAUGUACACCAAGAUCCUUGAAUUCAACGCUUUCCGGGAGCGGCUGGCAGCGGCUCACACCCUGGCUGUGGUGCGCAGCGAGGAGGUGCUCGGGGACUGCCUCAACAGUCUCAGGAGCGGGGCAGGAGGAGCAGCAGCAGGGGCGGCAGCUGGUACCGGCAGCAGUACUGCUGCCGGAGGUGGUAGUGGUGCCGCUGCAGGAGCAGAUAGCUCGGCCGGAGGGGGGGAUGCGCUGCAUGCAGCUGCAGCUGCCGUGGCCGCCGGGACGCAGCGGAUGGGGGAGAUGCCGACCGAGGGCUCCCUGCGCUUCAACUGGGACCUCUCCACACGGCCCACCUGGCUGCCCCCCUGUGCGGCCAGCCCCAGCCUUCAGCCGCUGGAGUGGUGGAGGAGCAGGGCCAGCGGGGAGACCCGGGGGCAGGGCUACGGCAGGUGCUGGUGGUCCGCCACCAGUGCAGCGGAGGCUACCUGCCCCGCUGCCGCCGCCUGGCGAGCCGCCCUCACCUCCGCCACCGCACAUCGUUGGCUGCUGUCGCACUGCGUCGCCGGUACGGCAGGGGCGGGGCAGCCGGGGUCGGCAGCAGCGGGUCCAGCAGGGCCGGCUGUGAGCGGCAGCGCCAGUGGCAGCGACCAGCGGCUGGCCGGGACGGGACAGUUGCUCGCGCUGAAGGAGGCGGUAGAGCGGUUGCGGGCGUUGCAGCCGUCGGAGGAGGGUGCGGGCGAGGAGGAGGGCACAGCGUCGCGGCCGGGGUGGAUGCUGCCGGGCAGUUUGGAGUUGAGGAGGUUGGAUGUGAGGUUGUACGAAACCGUGUUGGCGGUGCAGGAAUGCCUUGCGCCAACAGCAGCGUCAGCUCCCGCCGCUUCCACAGCCACCAUGGACGCCGCCGCCGCGACCCGCGCCGCCACCAACCUGACAGCGCUGACGGCUGCAGCACGCGCCGCUGUAGACGCGGCGGCGACGGAAAUUACAGUUGCUGCAGAGGCGGCCGCGGCUUGGGGUGGCGUGCUGCCCGGCGGGGCAUUGUGCCUGCUAUCGCAUUUGCUGCGGGAGCCGCUGGCGGUGCUUGCCGCGUGCUUGCAGUCCUGGCAAGCCAGUCUCAAGGCGCUUCGGAAGCGCAGGACGAAGGCGGGCGCGCAGCUGGAGGAGGGGGCGGCGGCGCUAGGAGAGGCGCUGACGGCGGCGGCGGCCGAGCUGGCGGCAGCGGCGCGCGCAGCCGGAGAGGCGCUGGCGGCGGCGACGGGCAAGGGGGAGCCGGCAGCGGCUGCGGCGCAGGCGGUCCGGUACCUAGGGGAGCAGGGUCACGCGCCCACCUGCCUUUCGGACGCUGCUACCUCCGCUCUGGAAGCCCUCGUACGGGAGCAGCGGAAUACGGUGGCAACGCUCGCCGUACACGCUACAGCGCUAACGGCGGCGCUUACGUAAUGCGGACCGCCGUACAGGCUCAAAGCCGCUGGAACUGAUGGCGCAGUUAUUUGUCUCAUGCGAUGCAAUGAAAUCUGCUAGCGGAGUGGUGGGGUUUGAAUUUUGGGGCAGUUUGAAUUUAACGGUUAGAUGCACUGGGUGGCGUGGUAUCGGUGCCGGCGAGGGAACAUGGUGAUGACAGCGCUGAGGGGGGUGUAGUUUCAGCUCGAGAUGUGGCAACCGGAAAACAUGCUGGGAAGCGAGUUUCACGACCUUAGCACUGAUGCGGGUGGACUGCAGGCAGG